UGUUCAGCUCGGAGAUCCAGCGCGUGUCCAGCCAUGCCAAAACGAAUACUUCCCCUGUCAACUCUGUGAAGCGUAGUGUUACUGGCACGGCGUUAAGCGCCCCAAGGUGAACUAGGCUUAAGGUUACAACACAUUUGUUGUUUUCAUUUUUUCUAAUCCUGGAAUAAAGUGAUUCCUUUCUGGUGCACUUGCUUUUUCUACAGUGAAUUUUAGAGCACUUACAGCCUUUCACCAUUACUUCCCAAAGCAAAACAGACUUUCUAACGCUUGCUUCUCGGACUCUCCAGAGGAAGCGUGUCGUUGCUGCUGUGGUUGGCAUCGUUAUGGUGUUAGCUAUUAUCAUAGCGAUACCGCUGCUGGUCCAUGCGUCCAAGACCGACGCGCACUACGAGAUGAUGGGCACCUGCCGGAUGAUAUGUGAUCCAUACAACCCGAAACCCAGCGCCAAUGCUUUGGAAGUCAUGCAGGACCUGAGCGCCAUCCCAUCCCCGGCGUUUUCUCACGGGACUAAAGGUGAGCCUGGUCGGCCUGGGAAACCCGGACCGAGAGGUCCGCCCGGCGAACCAGGACCACCCGGUCCAAGAGGACCCCCGGGGGAUCGGGGGGACUCUGGGAAACCGGGCUAUCCCGGGCUAACCACAGGGGCGUCAGCAGAGGGAACAGUGAGCAGUGCUAGGACCGAGAAUGGCGAGGACCGAGACUCCGCAAUCGGUGGCACAAAAAUCGCUUUUUAUGUCGGUUUGAAAAACCCUCACGAGGGAUACGAGGUGCUAAGGUUCGACGACGUGGUAACAAACCUAGGGAAUCAUUACGACCCGUCUACAGGCAAGUUCACGUGCCAAGUGUCCGGGAUCUACUACUUCACGUACCAUGUGUUAAUGCGUGGAGGCGAUGGGACAAGCAUGUGGGCAGAUUUGUGCAAAAACGGACAGGUCCGUGCAAGUGCGAUAGCCCAGGACGCAGACCAGAACUAUGACUACGCCAGCAACAGUGUGGUUCUUCAUCUAGACUCCGGGGACGAGAUCUACAUCAAGCUGGACGGAGGCAAGGCGCACGGGGGAAACAACAAUAAGUACAGCACGUUUUCCGGUUUCAUUUUGUAUCCGGACUAACCAGCUUCCCAGACAUGCAGGGCUGUGAACUCUGCUCUCAUUAUUAGACUCUAUCAUACCUAGAGCAAGUUGCCCACUGUCCGGGCGCCCUGUAAGCGGAUAUUUGUCAUCUGUACCUGUGGGUUUUGGUGCGCCAAAACAUAGAGAUGGCCGGUAAACAGAACACAUUUCGGUGUGAUGUGACAUUUUUUGCUUGAAAGUCUGUGUUUCAACUCAAGCUAUAUAGCCUAUGUAUGUGUAACCAAAAUAAGGAACAAAUAUCAAAAUAAGGAGCCAGAUGUCAUAUGAAUUCAUCGAGGUCCGUAUGUUACAUGUUUUAUGUCUAGUUUAUUUCAGUACACUACGUCCAUUGAAAUUAAAUAUUUCAAUAAAUUAUGUUUUCUACUA